AUGGCGAUUCCGUUCGUUUUACCGUCCAACGACGAAGCGGAGGCCCAGGGACAGCAGCUGGAGCAACUGAUGCUCGACCUGUACGCUGCCCUGCAACAGGUCCUCCGGAGCAGAAACACCCAGCAUCCGUCACGAAAUCAUCGGUUACCACGACGGGUCGGUGACGAGCGGCAUCCGGUGGUGCUGGUGGACUCGGACCUGUCCCGAUUGCCGCUGCCGGAUCUGGUGCUCUCCGCCGUGGAGCAGCUUCCGGCCGCGACGCCCCAGGUGACCGUGUCGGCGCCCAGCAGCCCGACCAGGGACGCGGCGUUCCAGUUUCCGGAGUGCAGCGGCGAUGAGAGCGGUCUGGCACCGGUGCCAAGCCCAAGGCCACGACCGCGAAGACGCAGGCUCACCUCCGAGGGUGGCAGUGCCGCGGCCAUGAAGAAGGGACCAGUCGCCGAGCCGAUCUGCAACAGCUGCUGCGGCCACUACGGGCAGGCCUUCAACGAGAGCCAGUGGGCGAGCGUAGGCGCCAACCUCAGGAACAUCGCCGACGACUUUCACGCGUCAAAGACCAAGGCCGCUGAGAUCGAAAAGUCUCGACUGCCCGCGAUGAACUCGGGCUUCGCAAACUCGAGCAACGCUAACGGGUCCACGGACAGCAUCCUGUCGUUGCUGAUCCCGGCUCCGCUACGCGAGACCCUGUGGACGACGGUGGCCCUGUACCUUGGAUGGAGGCUGGUCUCCCGUCUUCGAUAG